AUGCUGGGCUUCAUAUUGGCUACCAUCACUGCUCUUGUUCUCAAAUCUCAAGGAUCAAAUAUCUUCACAGCUGCAGCAACGCCAGAAUGCGAUGCAAACUGUUGGAACUAUCUAGCCGUAGAUCGAAUCUCCCUCGCUAUGGUCAUAUAUCAUGCCUUCUUCAUGCUACUCCUACUAGGAGUCACAUCAUCACAAGAUCCACGAGCAAGACUCCAGAAUGGAUUCUGGCCACUUAAAUUCGUCCUAUUUGUCGGAACCAUGAUUGGAGUAUUUUUCAUUGCUUCACCUACUUUCUAUACGUAUUGGAUUGCCGCUCUCUUCUUUUCCGCCUUGUUCAUAUUGCUGCAGAGCAUGAUAUUGGUGGAUUUCGCUCAUACUACAGCAGAAACGUGGGUCGCGAAUGCUGAGGAAACUGGGUCUUCGUUUUGGACUAGUUUGCUUAUUGGGACUGCUGUGUUGUUGUAUUCUGCAGUCAUUACUGGGUCAGCAUUACUAUACAAUUAUUACACUCAAGUACCUGGUUGUGGUCUAAACAUCUUCUUCAUCACAUUCAACCUUAUCCUGGUGGUGUUUCAAUCUGUGGUGGCCUUACUGCCUGCAGUACAAGAAGCCAACCCAACAUCAGGACUAUUACAGCCUGCUAUGCUCUCUCUGUAUAAUACGUAUCUAAUUGGCUCAGCAGUGGCCAAUAAUCCGCAACAAUGCAGUAGCGGAGCAACAUCGUCGGAUGCUAGCUGGACACUAGCAAUACAAAUCAUUGGUGCUAUAUUGACCUUGUUGGCUUUGGGAUAUUCUGCUGUCAGCUCUGGAUCCAGCGAGUUCACUGGAUCUAGUGACGAUAUGGAUGACGAGCAAGAAGGAACAGCUUAUAACUAUUCCUUUUUUCACUUUGCAUUCCUUCUCGCAUCAUUCUUCAUGGCCAGUGUGGUGACCAAUUGGGGAUCUCUCAAUCAAUACGAUACCACAGGCAACACUGUCCCGAUAGCUAUCGACAAAGGAUAUGGUGCGAUAUGGGUUAAAGUUGUAUCAUCGUGGGUUAAUGUUUUACUGUAUAUGUGGACGUUGUGUGCUCCGCUGCUCUUCCCUGAUCUGGCAGAGACUCCUCAACCAGUCGAGGCCAGUCUGGCCAGCCAUCAGCCGCUGCAAUCAGACCCGCCCCUCGCUGAGAAUUCAGCUGUUGCUGUUCCUCAAGAUGAACAUUUAGUGACAGAACAAGCACAAGCCCCAUCAGGUGCUGCUGUCAUUGUAACUGUAGAAGACAACGGAAAACAUAGCAGAGUCAAAGUAUAUGAGCUAUCUGACCAGGGCGACUGGGUAGACAAGGGAACUGGUCAGGUUGAAACUACUUGGGUUGAGCCAAAAGAUGGUGUAUGCAUACUAGUGCGAUCUGAAGACACUGGCGCUGUUACUCUCAAUUCGAAAAUAAGAAAAGAUCCUAUAUAUCAGAGACAGCAAGAAACACUCAUAGUUUGGACAGAACCGAACGGAACUGAUUUAGCUCUGAGUUUUCAAGAGCCCGGUGGAUGUCAAGAUGUUUGGGACUCGAUUGAAUCUGUCCAAAAAAGGCUAGCUAUACAGGGUUCAGAUAUCGAUCCUUUACCAGCUUCAACAACACCUGUAGAAGGCGAUGGUGUUCCUGAAAAGAGUAACGGACCAUUUACACUACCAGCACCAGCACUCGCCAAUCUAAAAGAAAUAGAACAAGCAGUCACAAAUGCGUCCAGAACAAUCUUUGGGAGAGAUCAACUGUUACAAGCUCUGCAUCAAGAUCGAUAUCUGGAAACACUACUAUCAUUACUGGGUCCUGCAGAAGAUAUGGAAAUGAUGGAAGAAUUAUUCGCUCUAUCGGCAAUCAUUCGUAUGGUCAUCUUUUUGAAUGAGUCGAAUGUAUAUGAUUACAUAUUGCAAGAUGAAGUGUUUGAGCAGGUGGCUGGUAUACUUGAAUACGAUCGAGAAUUUCCACAUAUAAAAGCUAGUCAUCGUGAUCAUUUACAGAGUAAAGCUCACUUCAAAGAGAUCAUACCAAUCCCGAACAAGGACAUAUGUGCCAAAAUAACCCUCGUAUACCGUGUUCAAUUCCUCAAAGACGUUGCAUUGGCCAGAUUAUUAGACGAUAGCACCUUCUCAACCAUGAACUCCCUCAUAUUUUUCAACCAUGUGGACAUUGUAAAUUACUUUCAAUCCGAGCGUGACUAUCUGAAUCAAUUGUUUGAGAUGUUAAGUAACGAGGAUGUGUCGAUGGAGAAGAAGAAGGAUGUAAUAUUAUUGUUGCACGAGUUGACGAGUAUUGCCAAGACGUUGCAAGUUGCUAGUAGGAAUCAGUUUUACAGGUCAUUGGGCAAUCACGGUCUCUUCGCCAUAUUCGAAUAUACACUAGCAGAUACAGACAUGUCAAUACGGCUAGCAGUAACGGCUAUUCUGACAUCAGUCCUCGAACACGAUCCAGGCCUCGUAAGAUCGUUCUGUCUGGCUCAAGCAAAGAACAACCAUCGCCCCUUAAUCGACUUGAUAAUCGAGAGGUUUUUACAAGAACCUGAUUCUGGACUUAGGUCACAGUUUGCUGAAAUUAUACGAGUCUUGCUGGAUACUACAGGUCUAGAUACCACUGAUGGAAUUAUCAGUCAUGUGGGCAACGAUGAAGAUGGAGACAACUUUUUGAAAAUGUUUUAUGAAAAACAAGUCUUGUCGUUGCUUGAUCCUAUUGUGACGCUGGAUGCUAAUAUGAUUCAUAAACAAGAAGGUCGACCAGAAGUAUUAGUAAUUGACAAAGAUCGUGUAGCCGUCUGCAAUCAUAUUUGCGAGCUAGUGUGCUUCAUGAUCAAACAUCACACCUACCGAAGCAAAUUCUACCUACUCAACAAACUGGUUUUGGAAAAGUUUGUCUUGCUAUUCAAAUGCAAGGAUGUUUAUGUUCGUCUGAGUGCCCUACGAGUGAUACGAACCGUGAUUGGAAUGAAGGAUGAAUUCUAUAAUCGUCAUUUAACCAAAGCCGAUGUGUUUGGGCCAAUCUUGUCUCUGUAUAAGGAAACAAAGGGCAGAUAUAAUAUGAUGAAUUCUGCCUUGCUGGAAUUGUUUGAGUUUAUCAAAAAGGAAUCCGUCAAGCUCUUGAUAAAUCAUAUGGUCUCGAAUCAUCGAAAGCUGAUGGAAUCGAUACCUUUCGGAUCAUUGGCUGCCAUCAUUCUUCGAUAUGAGCAACUACAAGAUACUGCUGCACGAUUGAAUGGGCCAUCUGAAGCUGAGCCUGCGACUAUCAAGCCAAAGCAGCACAGAGACGGCUGGAGUAAGCUCGAUGAAGAUGAGGAAGCCUAUUUCAAUGGCUCAGACGACGAUGAUGAUCCGACACACCAUCAUUCAAGCAGCGGCAACAAUCACAAUAGCAAUAAUAAUAGUAGUAGCACCACCAUGCAGGAAGCCGCAUAUACGACACCGCGAGUCGUGACUCCACCGCCAACACUCAUACCAAGAGCGCGAUCGCAAUCCCCACCAUUACGACUUGCAUCAUUAUCACCACCACCUGCAUCAUCAACAUCAAUACCCGGUCGAAACAAGAUUGAGUUUAUACAGACAUCUUCUCCUAGGCCACGAGCACCCAUAACUGGAUUAGUAGAUUAUGAUGAUGAUGAGGUUGCACAACACGCCGAUGAGAAUAAUAAUCCACAUUCGCAUGUCAGGAAUACAUUGACUUUAAGCAGGAAUGCCAAUAGUAGUAUACCUAUAACUAGAACAACAGAACCGGAUUUACCACCCCCACCACUACCAGGAGACGAAUCGAUAGGCAAUGGCCAUAUUCUAUCUAGUAGUGGUAGCAGCAGCAUAAAACGACAGUAUAUUUCAGAACCAGACCAGGAUUUGCAUACCGAAUAUAGUGGACCAGGACGGCCAAUAACAACCACCACUAGUGGUAGUAAUGUCGCUAUACCACCAUCGACAUCAUCAAGUACGACUACGAUUGUUGGAGAAAAGAGGGCCUGGGAUGGGGCACAACAUGGUGAUGAUGGGUUUCCUAGUAUUGUAUCCGAUUCGACAAGUAAUAAUACUACUUCAACAACGGUAGAAGGUGGACUUACCAAACGUAGUAAAAGCAGUAUAGCUAUGUAA